GGGGGCACUUAGGGGUUCUCCUUUGUCACUUUUCUACUUUGUUACUACAUUCAGCACAUUAGGAAAAGGGAGGGGCAGGGGUGAAAAGCAAGGAAAAGCUUUUGGUUUUGCUACUUUCAAGGUAAAUGUGUAUCAAACUGUAUAAAGUGAAAAUGGCUUGCCAGGUAGACAGCAUUAGGUAUGAUUAGCUAACUAAGUCAUUAAUGAUAUCUAUAUUUUUCUCCUUUGGUUGACUUGGUUAAUGGCUUUUUAGGUAAAGAAUAUUUACAGUGAGAUCGUGAAUGUUCCUUAUUUGAUGUAUGAUCAACAUGUGCAUAAGAUGUAUCUUGAGAUUAACUUUUUUAUAUUGCAUAAAACUUGCUAAUGUGCAUGAAUUUCAUCUAGGAUAAAGAGUAAUCAGAUGAAAUCAUUUCUCUUACUAGAAGAGAAGUUGCAAGUGCAAAAUGCUAGUUUCCUUUGAGACUGAUAUUAUUAGGGCCAAUUUGUCUUGAAAUUUGGUUUUUAAUGCUCAUAGAGAGCGUAUUUAGUCAACUUUACGAAGAAAGCUGAGCUUAUCUAUUGUGUAUUGUCUUGGAACCAUAUAGUAGGAAGUUUAAAUUUUUCUUUAUACAGCUGUAACAGAUAAAAUUACUCUGCAUCUAUUAAAUAUGUUUCUUUUAUGGAGUGGGUCGAGUUGAGGUUGAAUCUCAUUCUGCGGUAGUGGAGAUAUGUAAAUACGCUUUCGCAUAUGUGGAGGCAAUACAGUUGCACUAUAAUGAGAACAGUUGGUUUGUGUUAUCUGUGUAUUCUUCCAUGUAAUUAGGAAGGUGUAGAAUCUCACAGACAGCAGGACUCCGUAUCAGUUGAGAUGUUUAAAAUUUUAUUUUAAAAAGCUCAAACUAAACAUGUAUUUGCGAAAUUUAAAACUUUUGUGGCUACUGUAGAGGGAAAAACUGUGCACAUAAGAGCACAGAGCACAGUUUUGUAGUUUCUAGGACGUAUUUGCCUUUUUCAUUAUCUAAAAUGAAAAUGAGACUUGAGCAUAUUUCAUGAGACAAGUAGAGACCGGUGUUACAUAGACUUGUGUAAGAUAAGCAUUGAUAUAUCCUUUCAGUCAUGGGUCCAAAGCUACUGCACACUGAGGAAUAUGGAAGAACUGUAUCCAGCAUAGGUUGAGGACAGUGAUGCAUUUGUGUACCAAAGAGAAUAUUUUCAACUGUGUAGGGCAUUGUGGUAUUUGUAAUAUGUCAGAAAGAAUAUAUAAGUAUUAAACUUUUAUUCAAUUUCUUUCUACUUUUUUUAACAGUGUAAAGCCAGUCAUCUCAAUUCCUCUCUGGCUGUUUAAAGAUGCUCCAAACUUUGAAAAAUACAGAACAUCCUUAUUCCUCCCAGUGGCUUUGUCUUACACUGCUGAGAAUAUGAAGUAUUAAAGAAGUAUUAAAUGAUGUUAGGUCUCGUGUGUGCUCAGGAUUAGAUAUUUGGGCUUUUUGAAUGUUUAUGUGAGUAAGAUGUUCUCACGAGUGCUGUACUCCAUUAUGAUGUCCUUGAUUUUUUUUUUUUUUUUUUCUUUUUAAGAACAAACAAAAACCCCACAGAAGUGGCACCUUGUCUUAGCAGAUGCGGGGUUUCUGAGAUGAUGUGAGAAAGAUCAGAAACUGUUGUUUGAUGAUUGUCUGGAGUCUUUAUUUACAGUUCUUGCUUUUGCAUAUCUGUUAUGUUUGGAUUAUUUAAAAUGAAGUUCAUAUUUUCCAUCAUAAUGAACCAAACUACAAGAUCACUCUGAUGUGAGGGGAUUAAGUAAGCAGGCAGCAAGUGAUAGCAGUACAUCUGUUUGUAGAUCUUUCUUGUGAAUCUGGAAGCCACUAAUAGGAAGCUGCUAAGGCUUCUCGAACAACAUAACCUGCAUGUCAUUGGUCCUGUGGUUGGUUUUUUUUUUUUUUUGAAUAAAAUAGGAAGUAUGCUAACUUGGGUUUGACUGUAUUUGACAUGAAUAGCAGUGUCUUAUUCCAGAGUUCAGCAAGUUGUGUUCAAAUGGUUACAUAGCAAUUGCUAUUCUAAAAUCUGAUCUCCAACUUGGUUUAACAUCUGCAGGAAAAUAUUGUAGCAUGGUAUUGCAAAUGCUGAGUUGUAAUAUUGUGUCUGGCAGACAAGUAAGAAGUAGCAUGCUCCGUAAAGGUCUUUCUUGUAAGCCGAAGUGUAGCCACUCUCUAUGCAGUAAGACUGCAGUGUCAGUGUAUGUUCUGCUAAGACACAUUUUAAUUGAAUCAUACAGAUAUAGUACUUAUUAGGUAUUACUACAGUAUUUGAUCAUUAUGUAUCCUUUAAAGUCGAUGUGAAGAUCCUGUGCAAGAUGAGUGUUCUGUCAUCUGUCCUCUGCUAAGAUUGAUGUGUUUUUUUUAAUGGAAGUUCCUGCAAUCUCAGUAUAGACAAAAUGUCCAUGGAGAAGCUGCUGUGAGCACUGUUCAUAAUGUUUUGAUUAAGGAUAAAGCUGUUAAGUGGGAGGCUUGAAAACUAGAGCUAUACAUAAGACGUGACUGAAGACUUUAGAGAACCAAUGUAUAUUUCAGAUGAGGUAUGUGCCACUUUAAGACCCAGUCCUUGAUGGAUCUGAAUAUGAAUGCUUGAAGUCAAGUCACUCAAAAAUCCAAUGGGUUCCUUUUUAAAGAGGCUAGAAACACAGCCUUUCACAACUGCUGUCCUCGAGAUUUGUGUGAAAUGUGUGUCCAAGUCUUGGAAUACUGUAUAUGCUGCGCCUGUUCUGGGCAACACUUGCUCUGUGGGCUUUCUUUAUUGAAAUGUUAUACAGAAUCUUUUAUAUUAAAGUUUUGCAGAUUUAUUCUAUGGAUAUUUUUACUGAUAUUUCAUAUGAAUUUGUGUUUAUGAUCCUAUUGCAGUUAGUUUUCACUUUUUUUCAGUGUAUGGAUGGCUUACUUGUUUGAUUAACAACUUAUUUUUAGUCAGGAGAUCAAUAUUAAUAAAAGCUUGUAGCUUGCUUGUGAAGACUUCUCAAACUCUUGAGAAAAUGGACCUUUACAUUAGCUGUUUGGAAAAGCACCUGGAUUCAUCUUUUCGUGGUAGUAACUGUGAGCUGAGCAGUGAACUUCUGUAAGUACAAAAUGCAGCUGGAUAAAUGGAGGCUGCUGAGCAAAACAGUGUAGCUUUGAACCAUUGGUGACUGUCACCUCUGUGUCAGGUUUGUUUUGACUCUCUUGAGUUAAUCCAGUCUUCUAACCAUCAACAGUGUGCUGGCUCUCUCUCGAACUUGUAGGAUGUCUCCCUGCUAACGUGGUGAAGAAGCUCACAGGUCUAAAUGGUUCCUCUUCUCAGAGCUCUCAGGCAGUAGUCACUGCUGAAGAAAUAGGCCUCAAGGCCAGGCAUGCUGGAGGCAGAAGUGAUGUUUUGUGACUACCAGGAACCCCUGUCAGUGUAUGUGGACAAUGUGAACAACUACAGGAUCCAGUAUGCAUUCAAAUUCAUUCUCAAAACAUGGAAGCUGUACCCCCGGGUGCUCAGGGACGUGUCUGUAAUGGACCUGUCAACCUCGGUCUUAGGGCAGAAAAUCAGCAUGCCGGUCUGCGUUGCGGCGACUGCUAUGCAGCGCAUGGCUCACCCUGAUGGAGAGACGGCGACCGCUAAAGCAUGCCAUGCAAUGGGGACAGGAAUGAUGCUGAGCUCCUGGGCCACCUCCUCCAUUGAAGAAGUUGCUGAAGCAGCUCCUGGAGGCCUUCGCUGGCUGCAGCUUUAUGUGUACAAGGACCGAGAGGUUACCAAGUCCCUAGUGAAGCGUGCAGAGAGAGCAGGUUACAAAGGAAUCUUUGUGACUGUGGACACGCCAUUCCUCGGUAGGCGUAUUGAUGACGUGCGCAACAAGUUCCAGCUUCCCCCCCACCUCAGAUUAAAAAAUUUUUCAAGCAACAACUUGGACUUCUCUGGGAGAGACUUUGGGGAAGACAGUGGACUGGCUGUCUAUGUAGCCAAUGCAAUUGAUGCAAGUGUCAACUGGGAGGACAUCAAGUGGCUUCGGGGGCUGACAUCACUGCCCAUUGUUGCAAAAGGAAUCCUAAGAGCUGAUGAUGCUAAAGAAGCUGUAAAGCUUGGGGUAGAUGGUAUACUGGUGUCAAAUCAUGGAGCACGUCAGCUUGAUGGAGUUCCUGCAACGAUUGAUAUCUUGCCUGAAAUUGUUGAGGCUGUGGAGGGGAAGGUGGAGGUGUUCCUAGAUGGUGGCAUAAGAAAAGGCACAGACAUACUCAAAGCACUAGCUCUGGGCGCCAAAGCUGUAUUCAUCGGCAGGCCUCUCAUCUGGGGCUUGGUUUAUCAAGGUGAAGAAGGAGCAAAAGAAGUUCUCCAGAUGCUGAAGGAAGAGUUUCGACUGGCAAUGGCACUGACAGGAUGCCGGACUGUAAAAGAGAUUGGCAGGACGCUGAUACGAAGACAUGAAGUACUGCUUUCCAAGAUUUAGGUUUGAAGAUGAUCCCCUCUCCUGUUGCCUGUCAUACAGAAAGUAUGUUAGAUAAAAAGCAACUCUAUUCGCAAUUUGGGCCUCAUGCUGCAAUCCUGACUGAGAAGGAGUCUUCUGUGAGCAACCUCUUGUUGAAGAAGUUUCGCGCUUCAAGUUUUACAGCCUAUUCUGCUAGAUGCUUAUGCAAAGCUGCUAUGCUGUUAGUUGUGAUUAGAGAUGAGUCUUUAUACGAGACUAACACAGAAACUUGAAGGUGUUUUGCAGUAAAUGCUGAUAUUACCUUACAAGCCUGUAAGUAAAUUUAGUUCUAAAAUGAAGCCAUAGAAGAAAAUGUUCUGAUGGCAAACAGCUAUCAAAAUGUAGAAAUUUAAAAUGUAAAAGGUACUUUUCUCACUGGUUAGAGAAACUACACUGUAGAUCAGAAAUUAAAUCUUGCUUUCUUAUGAAUAUGAUUUCUUCUCCCUAAUAAUGAUGUGCUAUUCCUUUGUAAGUAUGUGGACUUAUAUCAUGUAGGCUGUAGAGAAUCAGAGUUCUUAGUUGUUAAGAACUGAACAGCAAAGUGAAAUUGGAGAAGUGACUCAAAGCCCUUUGCAAUCAGACAACCAUUGUGCCUGUGAAUCAGACACACAUCAGAUCUUUGGCUUGUGCAGAUCCUGGUAGUUCUAUUGCCUUCACCAAACCAUGCUGACUAUACCCAGCUGGAUCCCCAAGUCAUGUUUUUAAACUGGACUCAACCGUUUACAGUUUUUUAGAUCAUUGGAUAAAUCUGUAGCAUCCUGCAUCAGUAUUGCAGAAAGGUUUUGAAAAUCUUGUUCUGGAUUUUUUUUUAAAGCCACAAUUGCACCGUUCCACUGUCACUGAUAUCACUGUCUGUACCAUUUGUUUCCCAUCAGUGUCAGGAGAACUUGUGCAUUCUGUUUCUCCCUUUUUGCUCUAUUUGAAAUAUCCUGUAUUGAGUUUUAAAGGCAGUUUUGUCAUAAAUGAUGGAAUAGUACAAUAUGAACUAAAGUGGGGGCUGGAACUCAAAAUGGGGAGAAAACCCAAAAGGCCACAUGCUUGCCCUUCAGUUGUAAAAUUUGUACUCUUAUUUACUGUGGAUUGUAGUGUGUUGUGUGAGGGUUGCAUAGCAACAAAAUAAAGUUUAUCUGUGUAAGGAAAUAUGAAUGUUUCUCAGAGCAUAGAGAAGCAUAAUUUCUGCUGUUUACUGCACUUAUCAUAUCUGUUGCAAUGUGGACUGUGUCAGAUGUCAAUUACAGACUAACUUCAGAAAGACUGUUUGUUUUAGAUAAUAUAAAUGUUACUUAAAAGAUAGGGGAUAAUAUCUUAUGUUUACAUGUUUAAGAUCCAUUUCUAAAGUUUAGAAGAUGCAGUUUCCUGUCUUAGCCCCAACCAAAUACAAGGAAAGUUCUGUAACUCCGUGGUCCAGGAUAAAUUCUGCUGGUGAGGAAACUGAUUUUAUUUGUACAUAAUUAACUAUUUCUAGUUCCUUUGGCAAAUGGGCUUAUAUUUGUUCUUUCCUCCUUGUUAUCUGAGAAUUGUCUGACUCUCUUCCCUUUCAAUCCUAGUAAGUAUAUACAUGCAUUAAAAAACAAAAACAGAGUCAAAUACUGAAAGGCUAUGAGACAAAGUUGACAGAAAUGAAAUUAGUUUCUGUUCAAAAGAAUAAAUAUAUUUCACAGUCAAGAGAAUUUUACUAGAUUUGGAGACAACCAAAUACAAUUGCUUCUUGAAAUGUUAA